AUGGCCCCUAUAUCACCAGUAGCACUUAUCACAGGUGGUUCCUCAGGCAUUGGUCUCGCAUUGACAAAACAUCUCCUGAAUCUAUCCUGGAACGUCUUCAUCGCCGAUAUCAACCCUCCUCCUCCAUCUGAACUGUCCAAUUUCCCUGCCUCGUCCUACCACUUUCACGCCACCGAUGUCUCAUCAUGGGAUGCGCAAGCCUCAGCUUUUGCAACCUGCUGGUCUAAAUUUGGCCGUCUCGACUUCUGUGCUUUGAACGCCGGCAUCGAUGACCGUGAUGAUAUCUUUAGUUCCACCAGCAAUGAUCUCAACAUUCCACCCACCAAACCCAACAUGAAGACCUUUGAAGUAAACUUGUAUGGUCCGUACUACGGAAUCAAACUAGCUGCUCACUACAUGGCCUUGAACAAACCACUGCACGGUCAAAACAGCGGCAAAGGUGGUAGAAUCGUUGUCACUGCUUCAGAUGCAGGGCUCUGGGCUUUACCGGUCGUUCCACAGUAUACAGCUACCAAACACGCUAUCGUAGGAAUGGUACGGGCGAUGGCACCCUCAGCUGCAGAAGCUGGUGUCUCGAUCAAUGCUGUUGCGCCGGCGCUUACACCAUCUAACCUUGCGCCUCCAGGUUUACUCGAGAAUUAUCCAAAGGAGGCAUUGACCAAGAUGGAGACAUUGAUGAAGGCUUUCGAUGCAUUGGGUAGAUUCGAAGAGGUUGGGACGGAAGGAUGGGGUAGUCAAGAGCCUAAUGGACAGAUUGUUGAGGGAAGAGGAGACAAUAUUCAUUACAAGAAUGAGAUUGAAAAGACCAGUGGGAGAGAGGCGCCAAAGGAUACAUACAAGGAGCGGAACAAGAGGUUUGCGAUGCAGCGUCAGUAG